AUGCGGCGCUUCGUGGUCCUUCUCUCCGCCUUGGUAGCUGCGGCGCCGGGCACCCUCGUCCCGUGCGCGUCCAAUUGCCUCCUGCUUUCGAAUGGCUCGACCGUCGCGCUACAUGCGACCAACGACAGCACUAUCGACCUCGUGCAGGAAGGCCUGGAGCGCGUCGCUGGCCUCCCAAGCACCAUCCUCGCCCUAAACCUGUCUCGGAAUGUCAUCACUGCGGUCGAUGCCAGUGCCACCCAGCUGACGACCCUGGAUCUCAGCUACAAUCGCAUUCAAGGCGCAAGCCCGAUCGCACUGCCAACGACCCUCACAACCUUGGACCUGAGCUACAACAACAUGACGAGCCUCGACAACACAACGUUCCAUUGGACGCAGCUGCCGUUGCUUCAGAGCUUGAAUCUGCGCGGCAAUUUCCUCUCCCGACUUCAUGGCGUGCAGUUCCCGCCGACGCUAACCCGCCU